AUGCCGCCAAUUCAACUGGGUUACCGCAAUGGUGUGCUUGAGCAUCCACACGCCCAGCUUGCCAUGUGGGAUGCGUACAAGGUUGCGAACCAUAAUGACCAUGUUAAUACAGAGCGAAUCAAACAUUUCCCACUGCCGGUAGACAUGCUAGAGCCACCGCCGACCGAGAUUUCAUUAGGACGUGAAGCCAAAAUUUCAGCAGCAUUCGAGGACUUGCAUCAACAACUAAAAGACGCCGAUAUGUACAAGCUACGUCCUUGGAAUUACGUGCGCGAGUGCAUUCGAUAUGUCCUCUUUGCUUACGGUGCCUAUGCGUUUUUCCAAUGGGCACAAAACAUGCCCACGUCUGGCGCCCUCCGAACACUUACGUAUAUGGCAUCGGCCGCAUCACUUGGUGCUCUGUGGCACCAGGUUGCCUUUACUGCGCAUGAUGCUGGUCAUACAGGUAUCACGCAUAUCUAUUGGCUGGAUAGGCUUAUUGGUGUGUUGGUUGCAUCUUAUGUUGGUGGCUUGUCACUAUUAUGGUGGUGCGAUAACCAUGAUGUGCAUCAUCUAGUGACAAAUCAUCCAGAGCACGAUCCAGACAUUCAACAUAUGCCUAUUUUUGCCAUAAGCCCUCGAUUUCUCCCGUCCAAAUCCAAGCCGGAGAAACAUGAGCCCAUGGGUCUGUGGUCCUCAUACUAUCGACGUGUCAUGCCGUUUGAUGCGGCUGCGCGCUUCUUGCUGCGACAUCAACACAAGCUGUACUUUGUAAUCAUGUCUGUCGCGCGCUUCAACCUAUAUGCCCUAUCGUACUCAUUUCUUUUCCUUCGCGCGCGCCGGGAUAAAUGGUUUUACAUCGAGUCGAUUGGUUUGUCAGUGUUUUGGUAUUGGUUCACGGUGCACGUUUUGGCAAACCUCCCGACCUGGCCACUCCGUAUCGGAUACCUGCUUUUGUCCCAUAUUGUCACGAGCCCCUUGCAUGUCCAGAUUGUUCUCUCACACUUUGCACAAGACACUCGCGACUUGGGUCCCCAAGAAUGUUUCGCAUCUCGCCAGAUUCGCACGACUAUGGACGUCGCGUGUCCAACAUAUCUGGACUUUUUCCAUGGUGGUCUGCACAUGCAAGUAGCGCACCACCUUUUCCCUCGCCUUCCCAGGCACAAUUUGCGUGAGGCGCGCGACAAAUUCGUCGAGCCAUUCUGCAAUUCACAAGGUCUCACGUACGAAGAAAUGAGGUUCGUGCCCGGAAACAACAAGGUUGUAGCGCGUCUUCAAGAAAUUGCGUACCAAGUGCAUGUUUUGUGUUGUGUCGCUCAAGCACAAGCACAAGGCACUUUAUGA